AUUUUGGGUACUUCGAUUCAAACGAGGCCUAAGGCUCACGAUUUAAUCAAAAGAAUGCUAGCGAGUUUAGGCGAUCCUUACACGCGAUUCCUCUCACCAGCCGAGCAAUGAAGCAACUUCAAGAUAUGGGUGCUUCAUAUUUCAUUCUGGAUCUUAGAGACAAUCUCGGAGGACUCAUACAGGCUGGAAUUGAAGUUGCCAAGCUCUUUCUAAAUGAAGGGGAGACGUUUUGGCGAAUAACAAAACUGAUAGUGCUAGUGAAAUUGUUGCUUCUGCACUUCAUGAUAACUGUAGAGCUGUUCUUGUUGAGGAGAGGACUUUUGGCAUGGUUCUCUUAUUUUCCCCCAUUCCAUCAAAUUGCAAUGAAGUUUAGACUUCCGACUGGAAAGUAUGUGACACCAAAUCAAUUGGACAUAAAUGGCAAUGGAGUAGAACCUGAUUACAGAAACUUCCCAGGUUCAAGUGUUACAGAGAAACCUCCUCCGGAAGAAACCAAUCAAAAGAGAAAACAAAAAAACCAAGACUUGCGGAUACUACUUGAACCUUCAAUAUCCACUACAGCCCCAGAUAAUAUUCCCAUUGUCAACCCUACAAAACCAGGCACAACAACUCCAAGCCCAACAUCCCCAUCAACAGAGCCGAUUACCAACCCUACUACCCCGACUACCACUCUGGCAGAACCAAUCACAACUCCGACAACCCCAAACACAACUCCUGCAACAUCUGGAGGUACCUGGUGUAUUGCAAAUCAAGAUGCUUCACCAACUGCUCUACAAGUAGCUCUAGACUAUGCUUGCGGAUAUGGAGGUGCAGACUGCUCAGCAAUUCAAACUGGUGCAAGUUGUUAUGACCCCAACACCGUUCGUGACCAUGCUUCUUAUGCUUUCAAUGAUUACUACCAGAAGCACCCAGCUCCAGCUAGCUGUGUUUUUGAAGGAACAGCUCAGCUUACUAAUAUCGACCCAAGUAAUGGAAACUGUCACUAUGUGGCAACCUCGCCAACAAGUGUGACUCCGCCAGCCAGUAUAACAUCACCAGCUACCCUACCCCCACCCACAACCACGACAAUGACCCCACCCUUUACCAUGACUCCACCUACUUUUACGGGACCAGGUGGGGACGUUUAUGGUUCAGCAGAACCAACUGGACUCCCCAGCUCAGCUACCUCUGUGUCAUUCAGUUUUUUGCUGAUCUUUGCCACAAUAGGUCUUGCAUGGUCACUUGUCGCUACAAACAAACUCUAGGCAGAAGGAAGCCACUUUCAGUUACUUUUCCAUGGUGAGAAUGCAAUUCCUUUGCUUGCUGGCAGAGGUCACAACCUUACUGCAAGCUUGAGAAUCAAGAAUGAGAUAUUUAUCUUAGUGGCCAUAUUCUCACCAUUAAGAUCUAUUGCUAUACUUCUUGAUCUAUGUAUACAUAAAAGCUGAGUAAGAAGACCCUAAAACAAAAUGAAGAAGAGCAUAGAAUCUCUUAGGUUCUUGUACUCAUAGAUAAGUUAUGAUAGCUGCUUUCUUAGAAAUACUGUUAGCACAAUAAAUUAUUAGAGACGCCCUCUGCCUUUAGGAAUUCUUUUUCUGUAAUGGAAACCAUCCCAGUCUUAGCUAGUACAUUAAUAGAUUUAUUUCCUUUCUAAAUGUAAUAUUACUUUAUAUUUAUUCAUCAGCUAGCAUUAUAUUUUUCUCAAAUAAAUCCAUAGAAAACUUUCUCAUUAUUUCAAUGCAAUACACGUAAUUGAAUAGAAGUUCUACAGAGUUAGUCCUCAACCCAGAAGCACACUCACGGUCAGAGAUUGAAUCUAAGCUAGUUGCUGUCCCUGUGCAUUGAUGCCUAUUUUACUUAUGAUUGAAAUGGUGAAGAUGUUCAUUAGUUGCAUUAGUCAAAAGAGAAGUAUCCAAAGACAGAAACCAGCUUUGGCAAUGUCAAUGGCACACAUGCUUAAUAGUGAAACAAAAAGGGCCAAUAACAUUUCAACGACCAUAUUCAUAAUUCUUCCACUGCAAACAAAACUUGUAUUAUUUCAAGACUACGACACUGAUAAAACAAAGCCAAGUAAAAAGGAAAAUACAGAUUCUAUAUUCUUCUUUAGAAUUUGUAUUUUCUCAGCUCAAAAUGUAAUCAUCAUCAUAUUAACACAAUAACAAAGAUGUGCAAAUUAGCAUUAUUCUUACAGUACUGUCUCCCU